AUGAACGAGAUCAGCGAGAGAGAUACGAAACUUUACAAGAGAAAUCCGGGAGAGACGGAGCUCGUGGGAUCAAGCAUUAAGAGGAUGAAACUCGACGACGAUGAUGAUGAUUUAGCUGAUUCUGAGGUCUUUCGCUCACUGGAGAGAACGGUUUCCUCUUCUCUAGCUUACUCCGCUUCAGAUUCCGGAGGUUUCUCCGCCGCCUUAUCUGAAGGAGACGAUCAUCAGAGCUCAUCCGUCAGCUCCGACUGUUCUAGCAGCGAAACCAACGAAACCGCUACUCAUUCUCGUCUGCCAUUUUUAGAUCUGGAGGCUCAUCAAAUCUCCGAAACCGAAAUCUCGACGUUAAUCAACAACAAUUUCAGAGAACAAGCAAGUCCGUUGAGCGAGAAUCUGGGAGAAACAGCUGAAAUGGAGGACUCGGCGACGAGGGAGAGGAGAGAUCAGCGGAAAAAAGAGAAGACUGAGAAAUCUCCGACGCAGGCUGAGCUCGACGACUUUUUCUCGGCGGCGGAGAGUUACGAACAGAAACGAUUCACGGAGAAGUACAACUACGAUAUCGUUAAAGAUACGCCGCUUGAAGGUCGGUACCAGUGGGUUAGUCUGAAGCCAUGA